AUGAGCUCGUUGCUAAAAGGUCUCAAGUUUAUGCGUCGCUUAGAGCGUGAUGGUGACGAUACAAAUGACAAGAAAAAGAAGAAAAAGAAGGAGAAGAAGAAGAAGCGUAUAAAUAGACAUCGAGAUAAGGAAAGGAGCGAAGAAGAAGCAGAAGAAAUGACGAAGAACAAACGUAUUGAAGAGAAAAAGACGAGUCUUCGGGAUGAGUGGAUGACGAUGCCUUAUAUGAGGGUAAAUGAAGAGCAUAUUGAGACCAUUAAGACAAGUGACGAAUUGGAAAUUGAAGCAAAAGAGAAGAAAAUUCAGAACGAGAUUGAUGCUGGUAUGAGAGAACCUGUGACAGGGAUGGUCUAUGGUCUUUAUGAUCCAAAGAAUCCAGAUGCUCCUCCAACAGUUUCUAGCAAAGUAAGUCAAGAAGAUAGAGACGAUGAUGAGAAAAGAGGAGGAAUUGAAGAGAAAGGAGAAAUGCCGUUAUUUGGUGAUGGAGGAGCUAGUUGGCGAGGAAAGAUGUUGAAACGAGCACAAGAUCGUGCGCGAUCGUCAGGUGUUACGUUGGAAGAAGUAGUAAACGGAAGAUUUGGAUCAGUGAGUGCACUGAAGGAGAAGGCAAAAGGGUCGGCGUCGGACAAGGCCCAUCUUCAGUACAAACGACAUCGGAUUGAUGACGAAGAUGACGAAAAGAUGACGGGACAAUCACGAAAGUUGGAAAUUGGACGAGAUGCAAAGGAUAAAGCACUGUUGCCAAAGUACUCAAUGCGACUGCAACGGUCAGUGGCGCACACUGUGGAAGACGGUAUUAAACGUGAUGAGGGUCGACGCCAAACAGAUCGAAGCAGCAAUCAAAGCAAAAACCAAGAGGAAGACGAUCCGAUCAACUAUGAUAAGCUGCCUGAUUUUGACCGCGGUGUCGUUGCCAAUGUUUCUCGACCUGUGGAUCAUAGUAGUCGCACCCGUGACUACAAUACGAAACGUUUUCAAAGCAGUGACUUUCGCCACCAAAAGCGUACUCGUAGCAGUAGUCGGAGUAGGGAAAGAUCUGAUCGUGCGAAGCGUUCACGAGUGCCGGAGAAACGGUUUUGCUUGCGAUCUCGCUCUUCUUCGCCAGUCCAUUCGGAAUCCAAUCUUUCUGACAAAUGUGGUCGUGCCGAGCAAAGCGAAGCUAAAUUAUUGGAGCUCGAGAGGCACGUCACACUGACCUCAGCUGCAUCAGCGUACAAGAAAGUGACUUUUCUAUAUGCCGUUGAUGAUGCAAAGGCAAAAGCUGAUCUUGAGAUGGAGAAACGGAACGCGUUUCUUUAUGGCAACAAGAAGUCUGAUGCUCUCAAAGUUGCAGAUGCAUCGGAUGUUGUACCACCUUUUGCGUCCGAACAGAGACCAUUCCAAUUUGAGACCGCGAAGAUGCCAGAUUCAUCUGCAAAAGAUACCAAAUCCGUUUUCGAAAGGAAUGGCAGUGCUCACGAGGAGAACGAAAAAGCCGAGCUCAACAAGUUGGCGGCAAAGGCGUUGCGAGCUCAGAUGAUGGGUAAGUUAUCACUUUUCCGAAAGCUGACAGAAGAGCUUAAUGAAUUGGAGGCUAAAUUGGGACGGGAGAAGACUGCUGCAGCAGUUUCACACUGUGAGGCUAUUGGUGCGCUACCGCCGCUUGAAAACGAAGACAUGCGCUACGGGCCGCGUAAGGGCAAAAAGAAGCGUGCAGACCUCAUGGAUGUUAACAGACCGGACGUGGCAGCGUCACUGGAGGAACUUGUCCGAGAGGAGCGUAUGUCGAGUGCACAUGCUGAAAACGGAAACAUGGAUUCUGUUCAUGCACGGAAUAUUGUUCGACUUGGCUCGCGUUACAAGGGAACAGAAGUGAAUGUUCAAAAUUUUUCCAGCGGAUUUGAUGAAGAAGAUCAAGUGGACAUGAAGAUGCUGCAACAACCUGGUUCAAACCUGACUCGGCGUGCUCGAGUCCAGCGCGAGCACGCGAUUGCCGUAAAUGAGUGUAAGAGGUGGGAUCAGCGGACUCAUAAGUGUCAACUGUGUAUGAAGAGUCCUACUUUUAAAAAACACUUGACGGUGUCUUUGGGCGAAUUUACUUAUUUAGCCGUGCCAAAUCGACCUCGAUUGCAUCCUGGACACUGCGUGAUUGUGCCGAUCGAUCACACCUGCUCUGUUGUCCAAGCGGAUGAGCAGGUAAGUGACGAAAUUACCCGGUUUCAGAGUGCGCUUUCCCGUAUGUGCGAAAAACAGUACGGUAUGAGUGUAGUGUUUAUCGAACAAACAAGUGUGCCUCACCGAAAGAAACACACGGUGGUUGAGUGCAUUCCUGUUGACUCCGAGUUGGCGUUGGAUACGCCGCUUUACUUCAAGCAAGAGCUCAUGCAAGCCAAUGGCGAUUGGAACACGCAUGAACCAAUCAUUGACACCAGCAAAGGUGGCAUUAAAAGUCAAGUUCCACCAACGUUCUCAUACUUUCACAUCGAGUGGCGUACUCGUGACGGGCGAGGAGGAUACGCCCAUGUGAUUGAAGAUGAGGACAAAUUUCCCCGAGAUUUUGGCGUGAAUGUUGUGGCAGGUAUGCUUGAUAUGAGACCACCUAAAUUCGGGCGUCGCGAGGGUGGCAAUCGUCGCUCACUUGACGAUGGCAAACGGGACGUUUUGGCAUUUCUCAAGGACUGGGAGGCGUUUGAUUGGACGCGAGACCUUGAUGGCGGAGAAAUCAAGUCACAAGCACAAGGCGACUAA